AUGAGUGGAAGAGAAUCAAUCGCAGCGGCUCCUUUGCCUGAGCCAGAGCCCUAUAGCGUCUUCGACAAACGCCAAACUGCCUUGAUUGUGACAAUUGUCUCCAUCGCAGCAACAUUCUCGGGCUUCGCAUCAAAUAUUUAUUUUCCCGCCCUCCCAACCAUCGCCAAAGACCUCAAUGUCUCGAUUGAAUUGAUCAAUCUCACUGUGACUUCGUAUCUCAUCUUUCAAGGGCUUGCACCCAGUCUCUGGGGCCCGAUAUCAGAUGUCAAGGGACGCCGAGUCGCAUACUUGCUCACCUUCAUUGUCUUCUUGGGAGCAUGCAUCGGCCUAGCAGAGGCUAAGAACUACGCAACUAUGGUUGUGCUGAGAUGUGUGCAGAGCACUGGUAGUGCCAGUACAAUUGCUAUAGGAUCAGGUGUUAUCGGAGAUAUCACGACUCGAGAUAAUCGCGGUGGCCUCAUGGGAAUAUUCCAGGCAGGGCUACUGGUUCCCGUGGCCGUUGGCCCGAUUAUCGGAGGUGCGCUGGCUGGAUCCCUUGGUUGGAGAUCCAUCUUUUGGUUCUUGACCAUCUACAGCGGCGUAUUCCUAAUUUUCUUGGUUCUCCUCUUACCCGAAACUCUGCGGUCUAUCGUUGGCAACGGGAGCCGAGAACCCAAGCAUGUCAUGGCCAAAUAUCCUCUACGCGUUUAUCAGAAAACGACCAAAGUCAAAUGGAUUCACGACGCAACCUCUCCAUCGCCUACGGAGAAGAAACGCAUCGAUAUCACAGGACCCUUCCGCAUCCUCAUCAGCAAACAGGCCGCUCCCAUCAUUGUGUUCCUAGCAGUCUAUUAUGCGGUUUGGCAAAUGAGCAUCACGGCUAUGUCUAGUCUUUUCAAAGAUAAAUAUGGUCUCACAGAAACUGAGAUCGGCCUGACAUUCAUCGCCAACGGCGUGGGAUCCAUGGUGGGAACACUGAUUACCGGCAAGAUACUCAACAUGGACUACCGCCGUUUCAAAGCUCGGCAUGAUGCACGCAUUGCGAGUGGUAGUAAAGAGAAUGAUGUUGAAACUGUCAAUACGCGAAAGAACCAGGAGAAUGACUUCCCAUUAGAGACAGCACGCCUUCGUCUCGUCCCCGUCUUUUCCCUCCUUCAAUGUGCGUCCAUCUUGCUCUUUGGCUGGACAAUACAAUAUCCCAAACAGGUCCACAUCGCCGUCCCAAUUAUAUCAACUUUUAUUACGGGUUGGUCUGCUGUUUCCAUGCAGUCCGUCGUCAUGACCUAUCUCGUCGAUGUCUUUCACGACCGCAGCGCCGCAGCCAGCGCGAGCCUGAACCUCGCCAGAUGCCUAUUCGCGGCAGGAGGUACGAGUUUUGUUAUGCCACUGAUCAACUCAAUCGGCGUCGGGUUGGCGUUUACAGUCUGCGUUGUGGUGCAGGGUGUUGCAUUGGUGAGCUUGGCUGUCCAAUGGAAGUUGGGCGCAAAAUGGAGACGGGAAGCUGAGGAUGCUAGGUCUGAGCCUUAG